UGCUUGGUUGUUAUCUUGUUACCCUGUUACCUUGUUACCCUGUUACCUUGUUACCUUGUUACCCUGUUACCUUGUUACCCUGUUACCUUGUUACCCUGUUACCUUGUUAUCUUGUUACCCUGUUAUCUUGUUACCCUGUUACCUUGUUACCCUGUUAUCUUGUUACCCUGUUACCUUGUUACCCUGUUACCUUGUUACCCUGUUACCCUGUUACCUUGUUACCCUGUUACCUUGUUACCCUGUUACCUUGUUACCCUGUUACCUUGUUACCCUGUUACCUUGUUACCCUGUUACCUUGUUACCUUGUUACCCUGUUAUCUUGUUACCCUGUUAUCUUGUUACCCUGUUAUCUUGUUACCCUGUUACCUUGUUACCCUGUUAUCUUGUUACCCUGUUACCUUGUUUCCCUGUUACCCUGUUACCUUGUUACCUUGUUACCCUGUUACCUUAAUAUCUUGUUACCCUGCUACCCUGUUACCCUGUUACCUUAAUACCUUGUUACCCUGUUACCCUGUUAUCUUGUUACCCUGUUACCUUGUCACCUUGUUAGCCGGUUACCUUGUUAAACUGUUCCCCUGGUACCUUGUUACCCUGUUACCUUGUUACCUUGUUACCCUGUUAUCUUGUUACCCCGUUACCUUGUUACCCUGUUACCUUGUUAUCUUGUUACCCUUUUACCCUGUUACCCUGUUACCUUGUUACCCUGUUACCUUGUCACCUUCUUCACCUGUUACCUUGUUAACCUGUUCCCCUGUUACCUUGUAACCUUGUUACCCUGUUACUUCAUGUAUGGGGACAUACAUUGUACCGACGUUUAGCUACUUAACUUAUACCUACACUUUUUCUGCUUGGUUUUUACCCUGUUACCUUGUUACCCUGUUAUCUUGUUACCUUGUUACCCUGUUAUCUUGUUACCCUGUUAUCUUUUUACCCUGUUACCCUUGUUACCUUGUUACCUUGUUACCCUGUUACCCUGUUAUCUUGUUACCCUGUUACCUUGUUACCCUGUUACCUUGUUACCUUGUUAUCCUGUUACCCUGUUACCCUGUUACCUUGUUACCUUGUUACCCUGUUACCUUGUUACCCUGUUACCUUUUUACCCUGUUACCUUGUUACCCUGUUAUCUUGUUACCCUGUUACCUUGUCACCUUGUUAACCUGUUACCUUGUUAACCUGUUCCCCUGUUACCUUGUUACCUUGUUUCCCUGUUACCCUGUUACCUUGUUACCCUGUUACCUUGUUACUUUGUUACCCUGUUACCUUGUUACCCUGUUACGUUGUUACCCUGUUAAGCUGUUACCUUGUUCUCUUAUUACCCUGUUACCUUGUUACCCUCUUACCCCUUGUUACCCCUUG